AUGAAGUUCCUACCCCAAGUUACUCGCUUUCUGAUCUCGUCUCUGGCCAUUGCCAAUUUGGCAAAGGCAUCGUUUGACAAAACCCAUGAAGUUGGGAACGAUUUGGACGACUGGACUACUGACACUCUCGUCGCUGACCCUGGUCCUCAACUCGUACACACUCGUCUUGGUGCACCCAAGAGUGUUAAUGUCUCCAGAAAGCUCGAGGAUGAGGAUAGCGAUGACAGUGAAGAGGAUGCUUCGGAUUCUUCUGAUGAUAAUGACAGUAUGAAAGACCAAAUUCUUGAGCUGAUGAAGGAAGUAAUGCCUGGACAGGUAGCGAACAUUGACCAAGUUAUGAAGCAGUAUGAAGGAAAAGAAGAGAGUCUGUUGAAGAGAUUGGAGACAAUGAAAGCCAACGCAGAUGCUGCGAACGGCCAGUCGGGUAGCUCAGGUCAGUCUGGUGGCUCAAGUCAGUCGACUGAGGAGGAAGAUUCCAGUUCUUCCGGUGAUUCUGCCGAUCUGAAAGAUCAGAUUCUGGAGCUGAUGAAAGACGUAAUUCCCCAUGAGGCAGCAAACAUUGACAAAUGGAUGGGAAUGUAUAAAGGAAGAGAAGAAUCGUUUUUGAAGUCCUUGCAGACAAUGAAAGAACAGAGAGAUGCACAAAAGGCAGCGCAACAAGGUGGGUCUGGUGGAGGUCAGUCUGGUGGUGGCCAAUCUGCUGGCGGAGGUCAGUCUGGUGGUGGCCAAUCUGCUGGUGGAGGUCAGCCUGAUGGUGGCCAAUAUGCUGGUGGAGGUCAGCCUGGUGGUGGCCAGUAUCCGGGUGGUCAGCCUGGUGGUUAUCCUGCUGGUGGAGCAAGGAAAAAGCCCAAGCCCAGACCCUUUACUGAGCAAACUCCCUUCCAGGACUGUACGAUGUCCCAGAUGGGUAUAAUCCCAGACGAAUUUGAUGAAAUGGGUAAUUGCUACCCAGAUUUGAGCAUGCCACUUACUCUAAUGGACGCACUAAUGGGUGGAUUGACAGAUCUGGGCGGAGACGACCUCACGGUGGAUAAGAUCGUUGAUGAGGCAUUCCAGCCAAUCUUUGAACUUUUGAGAGACCUUGCACCAUUUGGAGAAGACCUCACUGAGGCAGCAAUUGCUGUGAUUCAAAAGGGUCUUGAUGAUGUGAGCAGUGUUACAUCAGACCUUGCUGAUCAGGCGGUCAGUGCAGUGGAAGAUGUAGUGGAAGAUGUAAAAGAGGAAACCAUUGGAGAUACCCUUGAAGACAUGGAAGGCAUCCUUGAAAAGGGCAAAAAUCCUCAAGCCCCCCCUGGAGCUCCCCCUGGAGCAGCUACAGGUGCAGAAAGUAACGCAAGUGGUAUGGGAUUUGAUGCUCAGUUCUGCGCUGGAGAUUUUGUUGGCAAAAGAAUUUUUUCACCAGAUGCGGCCAUGGGUGAAAUUAUGAUCCCCAUUUGCACUAAAUUGCCUUUGAAGACCAAGAAUGGGGAAGAAUGGAGUAUUUUUGCAGGUGACGUCAACCUUCCGGCUGAUGUUGAUGCUGAGGUGUGCGGUGGACAAGGAAAACACCGUCGAAUGUCCUUUUGCCUUGCUGUUUCCACUUGCCAUGUCCUACCUUCAAUUGCCUUCAUUUUUGAUGAGGAGACAACAAAAUGCCUCACUGCUCGCUUGGAAGAGACUGUAAAUGGCAUUUCCAGCCUUCUAAACUCAGGAGAAGGCACUGACACCACUGUUGGUUUCACUCUGUCCAAUGCUUUUUCGAUGGACAGCGAAGUCUAUGCUAACGGUGAGCACUUCAGCCACAAAGCCAGUCCAGAGCUCUAUACCCAAACGUCCUCCAAGAUUGAUUCCAAGAUGAUCCUCCCUGAGCUUGAUGGUUGGUUCACAAUCACUGGAGAUCUAAGGCAGGGAAUUAACAUCGUGAACCCCCUAGGACUACCUAUCAGUGAAGAUAUCAUUGACGGCACUCUUGACAACCUUGGCAAAAUGGAACCAGAAGAGAUUCUCAAGGUUUUUUCUUCAGUUGUGGUAACAUACACAAUGAACGGCAAAUUCAACUUGAAGGUUGGCUUUGAUAAAAUGCCUCUCAUUGGCCACAUGUUAAAGCCUAUUGAUAUGCAAUUUGAGGAUGCUUCUAUUUUAAUCUCUUCCGGAAACAGUGAACUCACAUUUGAAAACGGUGAUACCACUGAAAUCUUUCCAGGGUUCUCGACCUACAUUGGUUUGAAAGGAAAUGGCAAAGCCAUCAGAAGUCUUGUUACACAGAUCUUGAUGUCUAUGGAUGGUAUAUUUGAUACAAUGUUGGCAAAUAUGCCACUUGGCCCACUUUUUGAGAGCUCUGUUGAUCUUGUCUCGGAAAUUGGCACUGAAUUCAUCAUGGACAAGCUGGAGUUCAUGGCAGUUGAUUCCUCCAAAGACUAUGGGUUUGGUGUUCGAGCUGACGUUGAGAGUGCUGGGUUCAAGCUCAAGCUCCCCCUACGGCUGGGUCCGGGAGAUGUCACUGAUUUCGAUCUGGACUGCAGCACUGACUUUGAGAAAUUCUAUUGCGAUCCACAAAUUGGUGAUAUUUCAGCUUUCUUUGCAGCAUUAGCAGAAGAGAUUGCUGACGGGUCUCUUCUUAUCUUGAAGAAACUUGCUGAAGACUUUGUCAAGGGUGCUGAAGAGGCAGGAAAGACUAUUGCCAUGGCUGUGGACAGGGCAGCUGCCAAAGCAGGUGAGGUCUUUGGUAAAGAGAACAUGGAGCAAACAUUAAAAGAUGUCAUGGAGGGCAAGCUCGAUGUUGGGAAAGAGCUGGAGGAAAUUGCCUCCAUUGGGUAUGCUGCAAUGUCUGCACUUUGCAAGAGCGAAGAUUGUCAGCCUGAUGGAGAAGCCUGUAUUGGUGACCCCACUGGCCUAAAAAAGAAACAAGGAACUUGCUGUUCGUGCUGCAAUGAUGAAUCCAAUUGGUGGAAAACAAAUCUCAAUCUUCCUGGUCAAGCCUGUGGACUCGAGCCCAAAUGGGAGGAUGGUAGCCCUUGUGUGAUUGGAGUCACAUGCCACAUGUGCAAGAAUGGGGACAAUUGGUGGGAUAGUGUUCCUGAUCUCCUGGGUUUGCCAGGUCAAGCCUGUGGUCCCAAGCCGUGUAUUCCGGAUGGAGAUAUGUGUGUCCAAUUGCUUUCUUGCCCCAAUUGCUGCAGUCGAACAAACAUGUUUGCAAAGUGUGGCAAACAAGGAUGCUUAGGUGGGUUCACGAGUACCAUUCAUGCUUCAUUGAUGUAUGGUUCCUGA